AUGCCCGGUCACGAUAUUCGACUUCUCGCCCUCGAUGGCGGCGGUGUUCGCGGCCUGUCGUCUCUAAUGAUUCUGCAAAAUCUCAUGUCUACUAUCGACCCUGACGCCCCGCCCAAGCCAUGUGAUUACUUCGACAUGAUCGCUGGCACCAGCACCGGCGGCUUGAUCGCCAUCAUGCUAGGCCGCCUCCGAAUGACUGUCGACGAAUGCAUCGCUGCCUACUCGUCGCUAUCCAACAAGGUGUUUGAGAAGAAGAGCCACAGAGUCAAGAUCAAUGGCCAGCUGCAGGGGAGAUUCGACAGCGCAGCGCUCGAGCAGGCCGUCAAGCAGACCCUGGCGGACAGUGGCCACAGCAAGGACGCUCUUCUCAAAGAUUGCUCUGACGAUGCCUGCAAAGUCCUCGUCUGCGCGACGAGCAAAGAGACAGGAGACACGGUGUGCCUGACCAGCUACCGCCCCGCCCGCGGGGUCGCUCACCUGUACGACUCCACCACGAUCUGGCAAGCCUGCCGGGCUACAUCUGCCGCGACCACUUUCUUCGAUCCGAUUGCCAUCGGGCCUUACCAAGAGCAGUUCGUCGACGGCGCUCUAGGAGACAACAACCCUGUCUACACGCUCUGGACCCAAGCCCAGGACGUUUGGGGCGAGGACCAGUUGCGGAGCCGUCUGCGGUGCCUGGUGUCAAUCGGUACGGGCGUACCCGCGCUCAAGCCCGUGCGCGAUGACGUUCUGGGCAUCAGGGCCACGUUGACAAGCCUUGCGACGGAAACAGAGAAGACGGCGGAGCAAUUUCGUCGCGACAAGUCGAGCCUCGACGACGAAGGUCGCUACUACCGCUUCAAUGUCUCUCGCGGCCUCGAGCAUGUCGGCUUGGCAGAGUCAAAGAAACAGCGCGACAUUGCAGCGGCGACUGGACGGUAUGUCGCGUCGCAGGAUGUGUUUAGACAGAUGAAGGCGUGCGCCAACGGGCUUGCGCGAAGGCAAUAUUUUGGCCCUUUCAAGACACCCUUCAACCUGGACGGUGUCCCCGCAUCGGAUAAGUUUGUCGCUAGGCCGGCCGACACGAUCGAACUGGAGAACUGCCUUCUCCCGCAGCGAUCACAUGCCCGACGGACAGGCAGGAAAAUAUUUGUCCUUUUCGGACUCGGCGGUGUAGGAAAGACGCAGCUAUCCAUUGAUUUCGCCCGACGCCACCAGGCCGCUUUCAGCUCGGUCUUCUGGCUCGACGGCAGAUCGGAGGACCAGCUGAAGCGAAGCAUCGCCGGCUGCAUAUCUAAGAUCCCCAAAGACCAAGUUCCAGAAACCAGCCGACGCUGGACGGACAGUCGCACUUAUAGCCAGGAUGAACUCGACGACGCCGUGGCGAAUGUGAUGAAGUGGCUUGAGCAACCUGACAACUGCGAAUGGCUAUUGAUCUUCGACAACGUCGACAAAGAUUGGAUCGGUCAAGAAUCUGGAAUGGGCGCUUACGAUCCGAGGCGGUACCUACCUGGCGAUCAUGGGUCGGUGCUGAUCACGACACGGCUUUCUCAUCUGGCACAGCUGGGUGAGUCUCGAAGGUUAGGUCAGGUCAACACGGCCUUGGGCAAGGCCAUACUCGAAACAUGGUUUGGCGGCGAACUUGCUGAGUCUUACGUUGUCGCAGGUCCGGAUUGCGCCAACCUCCUAGAGCUGCUGCACGGGCUGCCACUUGCGCUGGCGCAAGCAGGCUCGUAUUUAAGGGAGAAGAAUAUCGACCCCACAACGUAUGUGCGAAUCUAUAACGAGCAAUGGGACGAGCUGAUGCGUCCUCACGACGCAUCGAACCGUCCACUCUUGGAUUACAACCAGGGAAGCGUCGGGACAACGUGGACCAUUUCGUUCAAGGAAAUCGAGGGUCAGAGCCCCAGUGCUGCCAAACUACUGCGGCUGUGGUCUUACCUCGACAACAAGCAGCUGUGGUAUGGCCUGCUAGCAGUGACAGCAAAUGGUAGAAGACCGCAAGACCGGUGGCCCCAAUGGCUCAGUGAGAUAGGCGGCAACGAGGUGCGAUUCCUCGAUGUAGUCGGGCUACUGCUUCGGUACUCGAUGAUCGAAAUCCACCAAGGAUCGAAAGACGGCUAUUCGAUUCACCCGGUAGUUCACCAAUGGGCGUCGUACUUAGACGGGCAACGACAGGAGGACGAGUGGGCAAGGCUGGCCCUCGCCGUGGUGGGACGGUCGGUGCCCGCGAGGGAAACGAGGGAGUACUGGGUGGUGCAGCGAAAACUGAUUCCACACGCCGAAAUGGUGCGUAGAUGGAUACAAAAGGCGGUGGGCAGGUGGUAUAUCGGAGACCAGUUGGUGAUAGACUCACUACAUAUGCUGGGGAUGCUCUACGCGGACCAGGGCAAGCUUCCAGAAGCGGAGGCGAUGUAUAAGCGAGCAUUAGAAGGGAACGAGAAGGCGCUUGGACGGGAUCACACAUCGACCCUCGAUACAGUCAACAACUUGGGAAAUCUCUACGCGAACCAGGGCAAGCUUCCGGAAGCCGAAGCGAUGUAUAAGCGAGCAUUAGAAGGGAGGGAGAAGGCGCUUGGACGGGAUCACAUAUCGACCCUCAGCUCAGUCAACAACUUAGGAAUUCUCUACGCGGACCAGGGCAAGCUCCCAGAAGCCGAAGCGAUGUAUAAGCGAGCAUUAGAAGGGAGGGAGAAGGCAUUUGGACGGGAUCACACAUCGACCCUCGAUACGGUCAACAACUUGGGAAAUCUCUGUGUGGACCAGGGAAAGCUUCCAGAAGCCGAAGCGAUGUAUAAGCGAGCAUUAGAAGGGUACGAAAAGAUCCUUGGACUAAGUCAUCCCAAGACGUAUACUGUUAUACGCAACUUGCAACUUUUGUACUCCAGCCGAGUAAAUGCGCCAACCAGGCCUGGAAAGAAUGGCCCAGUUAGUUAG